GCGGCCGGCGCGCUCAGCCAGGAGCGGCCGGGGCAGGGCCGCUGCUGCAGCCGCCGCCAUGAGCUCCGCGGCGGCGCCGGGCCCGCGGCUCUGCUGCCUGGAGAAGGGCCCCAACGGCUACGGCUUCCACCUGCACGGCGAGAAGGGCAAGCCGGGCCAGUUCAUCCGGCUCGUGGAGGCGGACUCGCCGGCCGAGCGCUCGGGGCUGCGGGCCGGCGACCGGCUGCUGGAGGUGGACGGCGACAACGUGGAGGCGGAGAGCCACCAGCAGGUGGUGGAGCGCAUCCGCGCCGCCGCCGGCGCCGUGCGCCUGCUCGUGGUGGACCCGCUGGCCGACGGGCAGCGGCGCGGGGCGGGCGGCGGGGAGCCGGCGCCCGGCGGCGGGGAGGCGGCGGCGGAGCCCCCGCGGCCGGAGCGGAGCCCGGCGGCCGAGCCGAAGGAGCUGCGGCCCCGGCUGUGCCACAUGAAGAAGGGCCCCAACGGCUACGGGUUCAACCUGCACAGCGACAAGAGCCGGCCGGGCCAGUACGUGCGGGCCGUGGACCCGGACUCGCCGGCGGAGGCGGCCGGGCUGUCGCCGCAGGACCGCAUUGUCGAGGUGAACGGGGUGUGCGUGGAGGGCAAGCAGCACGCGGACGUCGUGGCGGCGAUCAAGGCGGGCGGUGACGAGACGAAGCUGCUGGUGGUGGACGUCCUCACGGACGAGUUCUUCAAGAAGUGCAAGGUGGUCCCCUCGGAGGCCCACCUGGCAGGUCCCUUGCCAGAACCAGUUGCCAACGGUGAUGUAGGGAAGGAGAACGACGUGGAGCCGCGGCCCAGCUCCGUGUCCGACAGCCCGUCCAGCCCCGGGCCGCUGGCCACGUCCCCCAGCCCAAGCGAGACCCACAGCGAGCCGGACUCCCGGGAGGACGAGCAGCACGACCCGGCGCCCGGCUCCCUCCUGGACCUCGACAUCCCCCUGGCCGUGGCCAAGGAGCGUGCCCACCAGAAGCGCACCAGCAAGCGGGCGCCCCAGAUGGACUGGAGCAAGAAAAACGAACUGUUCAGCAACCUGUGAAGGCCUGGGGGUGGCGCGGGCCCCCCCAGCGUCGCCCCGGCGGUUUUUGGCCGGAGACGGCCGCCCGGGCGCUCCUCCGUCCUCCGCUCGAAGCCCUGCGAACCCCGGUAGACGUAAGCAGAGAUUCGGGGGUGGCUGGUGAUUUGGGGUGACCUGGUCCGAUGCCCAACACUUCAAGUCUUAUGUCCUCCUUUUCUCCUCUCCUCCCACCCCAAACCCAUCCCUGUUCAAGCCCCCAACCACCCCCGAACUCUGCGUUGCUGCCUUAGGCUUUUAGCGACUCUUAGCCGUCCCCGCUGCCCGUCUGGCCAAGGACCAAACGCGAUUCCUGGCAGGAAUUGGUGAUUCCAACCUCUGCCCAUCCGUCCAGGACGAGCCCGUGGGGAGGGGGGGGGACGGGCUGGUGCGGCGGCUGCCGUGGCUUGCCCCGGGGGGGUUUGGGGAGGGGAGAGGGUGUCCGGAGCCAGCACAGCAAGCAAUAACGAUCUCAGUACUCGCUCACUCCUGCAGACAGAGCCGAUCAGGGUUUGAAUCCGACGAUGCUUAAUUUAAAGGCUUCUCAAUAGACUCUGUCUGGGUUUUUUUCCAAAAUAAGAGUUUUCCAAUCAUACUAGGUUUUUUUAAAUGUAUUUUGUGGAAAUUUUUCCUGUGGAUGUCUUAUUCCAUGUUUUGUGAUCGGGUAUUGUCGUACUGUCGAGCUCAAGAGAAAUUCUGUUUACUGGAAUAAACCUUUCUGACUUCA